AUGGCAGCUGUGUUCGAUGAAAUGUCGCCCCCGGGGCUCGCCUCGGACCGCCAUGGGGUGCAACAGAGGGAGGUGGAUAAGUUCAAGGCUCAGAUCCUCCAGGAUGUAGGCAUACGUCUUCAGCAAGCGAAGCAAGAAACUGAACGAAAGGUUUCUGCUGAGUUGAAGUACUUGCACGUUGCGAUGCAAGAGAUGGAUCAGCGCUUGGAUAGUUUGAACAAGCGGCUUGAAGAUGUACCGAUGAAAAAGCAAGAUGCCUUGGAAGAUGCACUCAUUGUUCAAGCACUGGCCAAGGUAGAACAGCAAUGGGGCAAAGAGUUGGGAAAGUUGAAGACAGAGCUUCACCAAAUGAUUUAUGCGCACAACCACAACGCCGACCUCAUGAAGCACCAGAAAGAGACCCUGGACAAGAUCCGCCAGGAGACCUUUGCGCGCGCGUCGCCAGCUUUGAGGAACACAGCUUUGGUCAAGAGGGCCCUGGCGAAGAUCGCCGGCAUCGAGGAACAUUUGAGAAGCUCGCAGAUCCUACAUCAGAAGAUGGAGCCUUUGCUCCCACGAGUCGCGACCCUUGAGCGGGCGGUGGCGCAGUGGGCCGCACCGUCUGGUGGAUAUCCCUUUGGCCCCAACCAGGCCCCAACCAGGCCUCCUUUGUCGGUGCUGGAUCCGCCUUGCUCGGUGCCUGUCCCCCCACCGGACUACGAGGCACAGGUCGAGAGCCCUGAGGAGGACGAUGAGGAUGACGAGGAAGAUGAUGAGGAAGAGGAUUCCUUCGGAGAGUUGGGGGCCAUCUUGAACAAAGCGAGCGCCGUGUACGACACCAGUUCAUGA